CUCAUCAGCCUGCUUUUCUGUCUGUAGUCUAUCCUUGUACUGUACAUCGCCAUGUCGGGUCGCGGCAAGGGCGGGAAGGGCCUGGGCAAAGGCGGCGCUAAGCGCCACCGCAAGGUGCUGCGCGACAACAUCCAGGGCAUCACCAAGCCCGCCAUCCGCCGCCUGGCCCGGCGCGGAGGCGUGAAGCGCAUCUCUGGCCUCAUCUACGAGGAGACCCGCGGGGUGCUGAAGGUGUUCCUGGAGAACGUGAUCCGCGACGCCGUCACCUACACGGAGCACGCCAAGCGCAAGACGGUCACCGCCAUGGACGUGGUGUACGCGCUCAAGCGCCAGGGCCGCACGCUCUACGGCUUCGGCGGCUAAAGCUAUGGUCCGCGCUUCUUUAUUUAAAAGGCCCUUUUCAGGGCCGCCACACACUCAGAAAAGGAGCUGAACUAGUGUUGGAGGCUUCGCCCGGGAGGUGGAGGUUUGUGCCUCGUCGUUUCCGGUUAAUAUCGGGUUCUCUGUUUCCUGGGACUGCAGGGCGGGUUUUGUGUUGGCACGGGGCCUUCCCCGCGGCUCGAGGCUUCUAAAUUGAAAGUUUGGAUUCAGAAUGCCUAUAAACUACUAUGCAGCCCCCAAUUCCUGAAAUACCAUUUGCAGCCGUCUAUGCUAACGGCUUGUGGCUUGUUUAGCAGCGUGGAGCUGACUGCGUGUCUGGUGUGCAGUACUGGCACAGAAAAGUUCUAUGCAACCUCUUCCAUAUCCCAACUAGGUCAUACUAAGUUCUUUAGAUUACCAAGGAGCUGGUAGUGGUAGUCCUAGAGUGCAAAAUUUAGAGCAGUUUGAACUCGCUGAACCAGUUGAAUUUUCAGUUCUUAAAUCUUGCAGGAUUAUGAGGGUCUUAUCCGAAAAAGAUUUUUAUUCUGCGCAUUAAUGUCUUUCCCUACCUCAUUUUUCAUGUUCGAGCCCAUUUUCACCGACCAUUCCCUUAGAAAAGUUUAGUUGGUUUCGGAUUGAAUCUUAACAUCUUUAAGUCACCCCUGUUUGAAUGUCAGGUAAUAGUCAUUUACGGCUUUUUGUUUGAGACAGUCUCACUAUGUAGCUGUUGAAACUACAUAGGCUAAUAAUUAUUACUAAAGGCCUAUAAUUAUUUUCGUGGUUAUUAUUAAGCCACUACCAUAACAAGACAGACACCUGUUGUAUUUAAAUAACCCUUAAUUCGCCUGAGGCUGGGCAGAUAUCAACCCCAAUCACCUUGUUUUCUCUCAGCCCCACAUCCCAUGCCCUUUUCUUUAAUCAUUUCCACUUGGGCUACUUCUAUCCAAUCAAUAAAUACUCGCACAGGCUCUAGGAGUCUGGGACGAUUUUCUCCACACCGUUUAGAAGGUUCACUCACUCUUCCCAGGAGUGGCUAUUUUCCUAUCCCACAGCAGCUCUCUUUCCCCCACCUGUCACUCCAUCUCUCGUGAUCCUUCUGUCCUCCACACUCUGCCUCUCACUUCUGCGAUGCCCAGGUGUGUAGGCCAUUUAUUCAGCCAAUCGGGGAUAAUUUAUUAUACCGCAUUACUUGGGGUACGUGAUAAUCUGCUCAUAAAACAGUGAGAAUCUUGGGGGACAAGCAAUUAACAAAUUCAAAGCACCAGACCAUGCUGUUACAUGUCGCCCUGGCUGUCCUACAGCUCUAUGUAGACCCGGUUGGUCUGGAACCCACAGAUCCACCAGCAACCCUUCCAAGGGAUGGAGGGGUGUGCUACCAUGCCUGGCAUGUGUGGCUUUUUAAACAAGGAUGCAAGGCAUGGGACUGAGGAAGUGAAUGCUUAAUUGUGUUUUUAGUUUUCACCUUAAGAGUUGGAUUUAAUCAUCAGAUUAAUAUUAAUCAUGUUUGCAACAAUUUAGGUACAUAAUCUGAAUCUCUUGGAGAACUCUAAAUUUAAGAACUCAAAGCAGAUCACACUGGGUUUACACCUUUAGAUCCCAGCACUCAGGAAGCAGAGGCAGGGAGACCCCUGUAACUCCAAGGCCACUACAGGUUUGAGACUUUCAAACAAUAGAAAACAAAACAAUCAAAAUACAGAUCAAGAAACUUAAUGGACUGUAAAAGUAUACUAUGGACUCUAGAUCUCAAACACUUGAAAAAAAUGCAAGGUCUAUUUAAAUGGUUUACAUACUCAAACCAUUUUUCGUACAGUGGCUCAUAUGGAACAUAUUAAAAUGUCUCUCUUUUUUUCAACCUUGUUAAAAAUGUGUCUGCUAACUAAAUGAAAACUGUAUGUCAGUACUGUGUCCCUCCUGAGCAGUAAAUUUAGAGUAACAAAGUGGAUUUAUAGGAAUAAAUCAGAAAAUCCUGGAAGAAUGAAUGAAUUUAAAUCUCCUUUCUAUUCAUAUCUCAUGUUGAGGUAGGACAAAGAAACAAGAUUACAGGAACACAGGAAUGGCUAAAAGCUCACUCUGGAGGGAAACCCUUCAUCAGAUGAGAAUUUACACCAACUGCCUGAAGUUCUCCCGUUCUCUCUCUCUCUCUCUCUCUCUCUCUCUCUCUCUCUCUCUCUCUCUCGACUGCUUCUGCCUUCCUGAGUCCUGGAACCACAGGCCUGCGCCACUGAAAUUUGCCGUUUUCUAGGAACUCUCACCAGAACCUUCAUUUACAGUUUGAGGGGGGGAAGGGUGAAGGGGAGGACCCUAAACCAACCCUGGGUGCACCUGUGGGUUCCCCUACUUUCAUUCUGUCAGACUGCGGUCCCAGCCAAGACACCUCCAAACCUACCCUAUAGUCUUAUCAUUUAAGAGAAAAGGGACAGAGGUAGAAGGGGGAGAAAGGCCCUUCCAGGCCCCUCCAGACCCUGUAGAGCAAUAAAAUUCCAAACAGCUUCAAAGACCCGAUAGACAGUCACCAUGGGGCACUGGAAAUGAGACUUUCUCCAGGACAGGGACUGAAACAGUGACGAGGCUGUCCAAAUGUUACCUGAAGAAACUGCAGUGGAGCUACCAUUAUCCUAAGGUAAGGCACAAACUCCUUAUUACUAAAUAAAUUUAUUUAUUUAUUUUUUUUUUUUUUUGAGGCAGGGUCUCUCUGUCUAGGCCUGGAUGUCCUGGAACUCUGUAGACCUAGAACUCAGAGAGCCACCUGCCUCUCUGCCUUCUGCACAUAUCAUCACCACCACCACCACCACCACCACCACCACGCCAGCUUGCAAAAAUGAUUUAAAAACGGGUAUUGGUGUAGAAAAUUCAACUUUUUAAUAGUUUGUUUAUAAAGAUCCAACUAAAAUAUUAUUUUAUCCAAAGUUAAUUGAAAUAUACAUAUAUGUAUGUAUUUAUGUAUAUAUAUAUGGAUGAAGAAGAAGGAAAUGACAGACAUAUAUGGUAAAGAGAGAGAAGGGAAUCUUGUCCUGGAACCUUGUCCUGCCUUUGAUAGUGUUGUGUGAAUUAUUUAAGCUUUGUGCAUCAGUUUUGCUGUUCAUGAAAGAACACUGAUCUUAACUCUGAUUCAUUUCAACUGUUAAUUCUGUUCUCUCCACAGAAACGAAAUGAGAUCCACAUGAAAGGAGAGGAACAAGGCAACAAUGAAAGUUAAGGCCUUACUUCCAACCCACGUUUUCUAUUAAAAUAUAAUGUAGUUUCAGAAUUUCAGAGAAGAACAAAAUAAAUUUUGUAAAAUUAAGAUUGAUUUUCAAAAACUGGCUUUACCAACCCAGUGUUAAUAACAGCAGAAUCCCACUAAGAGUUCAGGAGCUGAAAAGCUUGAUCCAAGACUAACAAUGAAAUCAACCUGAAGGUGGAAUUCUUCAUCCUUCUAAGAGUCCUGGGUAUCAGAUGCUGGGUGGGUGGAGCAGGUUUACAAUCCAGGACCUCAAAUUGCUGAAGCAGAAGUCCGGGGUUUGCUGCAGAACGAAUCCCAAGUCAGCCAGGGCUACACAGCAAAAACCUGUCUCAAAAGACAAACGUAAUAGUGGAAACCUAAACACUUACUGAAAAAAAAUAAAAAUAAAAAAAUACAAGCACCAUUUCCUAAGUUCUUCAUUCUUUUCCAAGAUUGAAAUAGGCAGUGUCU